AUGAAGCACUUCUUCCCUGAGCCUUGGGCAUCCUUCACUCUGCUCUUCUUCACCACCACGCUCCAGUAUUCCUGUUCAACAGCAGCUGAAGACAUCUCCAAUGUUUCGACAACCUCCAUGACCACAGCUGAGUACGAAGCACCAUGUCUUAACGUGAACUUCUGCACGCUAGCAGCCACGUGCUGCCCGACGGGUGUGGAUGACUACGGAUGGAUUGCUGCGGCUGUCGGCUGGAGCCUCUGGUUUCUGACCCUCAUCCUGCUCUGCAUAGACAAGAUCAUAAAACUCCGGCCUGAUGAACCCAAGUAUUUGGUGGCCUGA